UGUGACGUCACGGCUCAGCUGUAUUUGAAUCUCCGCCGCACUUCAGCGAGCAGGAUAAAGCGAGAUGGCGAUGGCGUCGGUGUUCGCGGAGAGCCUCCAGUGCUCGGUGUGUCGAGACAUCUUCAGGGACCCGGUGCUGCUGCUCUGCUCUCACAGCUUCUGCCGGGCGUGUGUGCAUCAGUACUGGGAGCACAGCGGGUCCCGGAUCUGCCCCGAGUGCCGCGCACUCUUCCCAAUGGAGCAUCCGCCGUGCAACCGCGCGCUGAAGAACCUGUGCGAGAUCUUCCUGCAGGAGAGGAGCCGGAGCGCAUGCGCAGAAGCUCGGCUGCGCUGUGAGGAGCACGGAGAGACUCUGGAGCUCUUCUGUGUGGAGGAGCACCGGCUGAUGUGCAGAGUGUGUGUGGAGGAAGAAGGAAACACCUGCAUACCUGUGGAGGAGGCCGCACACAGGAUCAAGGAGAAGCUCAGAACAAGACUGGAGCCACUGCGGGAGCAGCUCAAACUCUUACAAUCACAGAAGUUGGUCAGUCGUCAAAGAGUGAAACGCAUGCAGUAUCUCGCGGAGCAGGCCGAGGCGGAUCUUCGGACAGAGAUUGAGGAUCUUCAUCAGUUUCUGCGUGAUGAAGAGCAGCGCAGAGUGACGGCACUGAGAGAGGAAGAGGAGGAGAAGAGGAUGAAGAUGGAGGAGAGCAUUAGCAGAAUGAGCAGGGAGAUCUCAGCACUCGCUCUGAACAUACACAACACUGAGCAGCAGAUCCAGACCAGCAGCGCUGAGUUACUCAUGAGCUGUAGAGAUGAUCCUGACAGUUUUCAGAGCUUCAGUUUGAGUUCAGACUCAGAGGAUCCCCCAGAGGAGCUGCUGGACGUCUGCAGACACCUGGGAAACCUCAAGUUCAGCGUCUGGCAGAAGAUGAGGAGCGCUGCUCAAUACACUCCGGUGGUGCUGGACCCGAACUCUGCUCACCCGUGUGUGCGUGUGUGUGUGGGUCUGCGCGCGCUCCGCUUCAGCCACCGCUGUCCUCCAGCUCUGUGUAUUGCAGACGGGCGUGAGGGUUACUCCAGUGUUUUGGGCUCCGUGGCUCUGGGCUCUGGGUCGCACCGCUGGGACGUGCAUGUGGGCGACAGCAGCGUCUGGGCUUUAGGAGUGAUUUCUGAAUCCACCCUGCAGACCAGAGACCAGCAGCCUGAACCCGGACUGUGGAUCCUGGGCUUCCAGAGUGGGGCGUACGGCCAGGGCUGCUGCGGGGAGAGUCUGUCCCGGCUGGGGGUCCGGCGGAGGGUUCACAGGGUCACGGUGCUGCUGGACUGGGAUGCCGGAAAGCUGACCUUUCUGGACUCACUCACAGGUGACCACAUACACACCUUCACACACCGCUUCACCGACAGACUGUUUCCAUACUUCUGCAAUUCCUGUCCAUCUGAAGAGCUAAGGAUCUUACCGGUGGAGGAUCUGACCACACACUCACCGCCGGUGGACGAUCUGUACACACAAAUACCGCUGGUGGAGCAUCUGAACACACACACAACGCCAUUUGAUGAUCUGAACACACACACACCACUGGUGGAGGAUCUCAAUACACAAACACCGCCAGAUGUGAACACACACACGCCACCGGUGGAGGAUCUGUACACACACACAUCACCUGUGGAGGAUCUGAACACACACACACCGCCAGAAGGAAAAACAGAGCCUGUCAGAACAAAGCAGAAGAAAUGGAUGUACAUUAUCAGGGUUAUCACACAGCUACUAGCCACAAAACUGUAUUAUUAGACACAAAACAUUGACCUGAGCUAGGAUCAUUUACUAGCUGUUCACUAAAUGGAAAGCUUGCAGAGAGAAAACUCUUUAUAAAUAGUUGGAUGCAGCCUAAAUGUGUUAUUAUGUUCAAGAUAAAGUAGAUCCAGAAGGUUGUUAUCUCAGACUAAAGCCUGACAGGUUUAUCAGCAGCCCGAUGUGAAGCGCAGCACUGUUGUAGAAGACUGAAGGGUUUAUUCUGAAAAAACAACCGUCUGGAUGUACUUUAUCACGCUUAUUACACGGCUCUUGACAGAAAAGAAACUGGCUGAAUGGAGUAUACACUAACCUGCGCAUUAUUCAGACACUAGAUGGCACCAAACAGUCAAAAACACAAGGCUGACAAAAUGAAAACAGCUGAUGGAGUAUACACUAACCUGCGCAUUAUUCAGACACUAGAUGAUGCCAAACAGUUAAAAACACAAAGCUGACAAAAUGAAAACAGCUGAUGGAGUAUACACUAACCUGCGCAUUAUUCAGACACUAGAUGGCGCCAAACAGUCAAAAACACAAAGCUCACAGAAUGAAAACAGCUGAUGGAGUAUACACUAACCUGCACAUUAUUCAGACACUAGAGGGCGCCAAACAGUUAAAAACACAAAGCUGACGAUUCUAAGGGCUCAUACAUUUAGGGGGCCCCCAGAGACAUUAUCGAGGGCUUGCGCUAACAACCCCCCCCGCUCUUCACUUAAUUCGUGAUCACCAACCCAACCCCCCAACGAUCCGCAUCCCCCACCCCCCUGUGCUCUUCACUUUCAUCAGCGUUCACUUGUCAGAGGGUCUAUGGCGGCCAGCGGCACCCCUGCAACUGACCAAUCAUAAGCUAGUAUUCCAGACAACCUACCUAACUUAUUCAUAUAAUAAUUAUAACAAUAAUAAUAUCUGUCACCUCUGAAUUGCAGCACUUAUAAUCAUUUUAUUUUUCUAUUUAGCGAUUAUGAAUGAGUUUUUUGUUAAACAAACACUUCACCAGGAAACAAUGUGAAUUUUAGUGAUUGAUUUCACUUUCAGUUGUUCAGUAGCAUAAAAUGUAAGUAUUUUCUGUGAUUUAUUAUUACGAUUUGUAUUUUUUUGUGCUCUAAAAAUAUAUAUUUUUUAAUUGUGAAAGUAUUUUUGCCUGCUGUGAAUUGUUGACAAUGAUGUAUGACUGUAGCAUUAGGAUGUCCGUGGAGCCUUAAACACACACACUGUAUAACACUUUUAUUAUGUAUUUACUGAUAAAUAUAUUAUGAAACAAAAAUUCAGCAUUUAUAUUUUUAAAAUGCAGAUUAAAAA